AUGAGAAGGGCAGUUUCCAAAUUCAUCCCAGGGAAACUCGCCAGGCCCCCGGGCCACGACUCCUCCUUCCCACUGUACAAGAUUGACUCCAGCUCCGUGGAUGACUUCUACAUCUCCCUAGACUCCCCCCACAAGUCGUGGCUCCCCGGUGAGGAGAUCUCCGGCCAGGUGAUUCUCAUUCUGAAAAAGCACUUGGCCAACAUCGCCAUUGAGUUCUGCCUUGCUGGCUACAUCAAGAUCAACGCCCUGCCCCACCUGAAGCUCAAGACCGUGAAAAGAACACUCUUCAACCACAACAUCAGAAUAUACGGGCCCGACCCGGACCUGCCCAGGCCGAACGACAACGACGAGUUCGUCAACGGCCUCUACAAGGGCGAGCACCGUUUCCCCUUCAUCGUCAAGCUCCCGAAAAAACGUAUUUUCACCAGUAUAGACUUUGGCAAGGGCGCCAUCGAGUACGUGCUCAAGACAUCCUUGCGCUCUGCCGACGACCCCAUCUCCUCCAAUUCGCCGUGCGAUAGCCCUGGCGCCGUGUCAACCGACUUUCUUGCCAAAGCCCGCCAUUUAACCCGCUUCAACGGCGCUGCCUACACCUCCGAGAAGAUCAUCAGCCUUGUGAAUCCUAUAGACGUUGCGGACCUACCGCCGCCCAAGCCCAAGCGCCUCAUCAUCAAUGACCCGAGACGCAACAGGAAACUACUGAGAGUCGAGAGCUCCACCUCCACCAUCAACACUUUUUCAACGUUAUCCUCCAAUAACUCAGACACUGAUUCCAACGUCAACUUGGGCCUACCCAGCAAUGGGCCUGCAACCACUACCUUGACCCUGCCUCCUAGCCAUACCGGAAACACGCCGACUUCGUUGCACAAUGCUCAUGUCAGCCCCGGGAAUUCCGCCCCUUCAAGUUUCUCGCCUUCUCUGAACGCUGACCACUCCAAACUGAAUAACAUCAGAGUGUCCAUGGAACUACCGCAAAGUGGCUUUCUUCGAGGCGAACUCAUACCGAUAAAGCUCAACAUUCAUCAUUUGAAAAAAAUACAAGAUACAAAGGGGAUUAUCGUCACUUUGGUGCGUGUUUGCAGGCUCGACUACGGACCCGACGGCCUCUACGAGUCGUUUAGAAAGGACUUGCUGCAACUGGUAAUUCCGUUAUUUGUAGACCCAAACACGUUCCAGUCGGAAAUCAACACAAGUUUGCGGGUCCCUCCGGACGCUUUUCCUACAAUAUCAGGUUGCUCCAUGGUCAGCUUCCAAUACUUUAUCGAGGUGAUGCUCAAUCUUUCUGGGAAAUCUUUGAGUGUUGAUGGUCCCAGUGACCAUCCCAAAUCUAACUUAGCGCCUUCAGACGACAUGUUAUCGGCGGGUCCCGGCAUUUCUCCUGGAAACCAAGGCAACUACACAUACCAUGCAUAUCAAAACCGCUCAGAGUUCAUCAACACAGACAAAUUCAAGCGCCUGAAGAAGUUUCUUCAAAUUACUUCCGAGGUGGUUAUCGGCACUCAUAGGCUGGACAAACUGUCGACAACAGUGACUCCACCUGGAGGGCUGAAUCCACACCUCGCGAACGGUACAAGAAGAUCGUCUUCGAGCUCCGCUUCGAACUCUGCAAGCCCUUCAACCCAAGCGCAUGCUCACAUUCAAACACCCCACACUGGCAAUGCCAAUGUCAUUCAUUCAAGGGUUGCUGCAUCGUCAAAUAUCGGCUCGAUUCCAGAGUCUUCCCCAAUGAACAAUUUCACUCCUCCUUAUUUAAGAGAUUCACAAGCGAUCUCUCCCCUGCAACUGUCUCCAUUGGCUAAUGCACCGACUUACGAGGACAUCAUUUCAGACGUUUCGUUGCCUCCUCAACCCAAUCUUUCUGAGAAGGAGCGCAUGAGGCUUCACGAGCAAAGUCUACUUCCUUCUGAACCCCAGUUUGACACCUCAGAUACGGAGGAUAGAGAGACUGUCAGCCCUGUAGACCCAAGACAUGACAUAUUGGAUGAUAUUGUGCAAAGCAACGGCUUGUCGAGCGAUACUGUUGCAAACAUUCAACAUGACGGUAGUAAUACCUUUCUUCCUUCCAACCCUGGGGGCCCCAGAACUCCACUGCAAGUUAUGCCCGAUCCAAUGAGCUCCAUGCCCAACAAUUUUGACAAUGAAACCUCCUUGUGGGAUCAGAACGAUUUGUACGAACCUUUCGGACAAGAAAAUGGUCAUGACACGUUUGGACCUAACGGUCCGCAUGAAUUUGUUCCAAACUAUGAUACAGCUACUAAUGAUCGAUUGGUUGUUCAGCACACAGAGAGACAAGAACAAGAGCAUUAA